GCAGAGCGAGUGAGCGCAAGACAAAAGUUAGCUGAGCUCAGAGCUCCCACAAAUCACUUUGUCACCAGCAAGCUCUGACAAGCACCAGGAGAGAGGGAGCGCACAGGGAGAAAGGCAGAGAGGCAGGGAGUUAAAUAGAAGUGUGAACAGGGAGUCGUGUCAGAAGAGACUCAAGAGGGAAGGUGUGAAGGAGCUGCAGAGGGCAUAAACGAGGUGAUGCCGAUGGAUGGAUAGAUAAAGAGAGGACAGAGACGAGACUACACUCCGAUUCCCAAAACAGUGUGAGCUAAGAGGAACUGUUACUCCUGCUACUGUUGUCAUUCCAGCUGCUGUGUCUGUUGUUACAGCUGCUGUUUCUGGAUGAUACACACAUUUAAAGAGAAAGUGUGUCAAACUUAACAUUUUGUUAGGAGGACAGUGUUUGAUUGACAGUUUUGCUGUGUUUUUAUCUUCUGAUAGCAUCUGUUUAAGCUGUUUUCCUCUCAGGCUUGAUACACAGAGAGCAUACACUAUUGAAUUGUAUUUGAGAAUGAAGACACAGUUACAGAGACAGCUGCUCUGUGUGUGAAGAAGGCAUGAGUCGGAUGUGUUGAAAGCAGUUUCUGGUGAACUGCAGCUGUACGCAGAUCACAUGCUGUUAUUUCUAAAAAGAGGUAGUCAGAGCGGACAGCGAUACCAGUUUAUCAGAUGUUUUUCUGUAGGGACAUUUCUUAUGGCUUGACUGCAUAGGUUUGUGACUGGUGAAGAAUAAGUUAGUGAAAGUGAUUUAUUUAAAUACUACAUUUUACAAUCUUUUACUGCACCGUGGUUAUUUGAUUAGCUCUGGACUGACUCAAAUCCCCUGAGAGUUUUAUCUGGGCUGUAAAGGAAGCCAAAGAUAAUCUGAUCAAACUUCAAAAACAGAGAAAUAGUUUCCAUUUUAAGCACAGGACGUAUUAGAGACAUUUAGAAGGGGCUUAUUUGACAUCACAUCCAUGUACAGAACUGUCCUCAAUGAUCUGUGAAGAGACCUGAUUCAAGGACAGGAAGUGGUGUCAGCUGAAAAGCCUUAGACUAAGAUACUCAGUAAGUUGGGUUCUGCCAACACCACUCACUCAUUGUUUUUAGCGUUAAAGAGUUUCCUUCACAUUUGCUCUGGCCAGUCUCUGGUGAAAGAGCAAAUACAGCACUGAGCUGACACGUGGAAGUGUAUACAAUUGCUUCAAGUGAGACAGAAUUCAGUUUAAUAUUGUGUGUGUAGGCUUGAAAUCAUAUCAAUCACAAAUUGCUCUCUGAAUACAGAGGCAGAAUUGUAUUUUUGUUGGUAAAUUAUUUUGGACUGAUGAGUGCUGUAGAGUUCUUCUGAGUCUAUGUGCAUGUUUGGCUGGGAUCUUUUAGCAUUUGACAGCUAUGCUUUGGACUCACAUCAGCAUCUAGGACGUCACUGUGUUACCUGUGUGGCUGAGUCAGAGCUUGGCUCAUCACUCGAUGUCUGUCUGCCCACGCGGAUUCUGCCACCUGCCUCUAUGUAAAGAAGACACAAGUGUGAGGUGGUUUUCACAGAAGCAGCGACAGCAGUGGCACCAGUAGUUUUGAACUUUCAGGACUCUCCACACUACUUUAAUUGUUCUACCUUGGGUAAACACCGUGCAUCACUCACACCUCUCCACAGAGUGAUUCACUGUUCCCUAAACAUCCCUGGUUGGAGACAGGCAGUGAAAGAAAGGUGAGGGAGGAUUUGCUGAGAACCAACGUGCAUAAGUGGUUGCAAACAGUGAAGUUGGCGCCAUGAAGCUUGUGUUCUUGAUGCUCAUGGUUGUGUACACAGUGGGCUAUGUAAGCGGUAUGUCUACAUGUAAGACACUGGACCUGGAGAUGGUGAAGAAAAAGCGCAUUGAGGCCAUUAGGAGCCAGAUCCUUAGCAAACUGCGUUUGCCAAAAGAGCCUGAGUCAGAUCAGACAGGAGAUGAUGAAGAUAUCCCUACCACCCUGCUGUCCCUCUACAACAGCACCAAGGAGAUGCUGAUUGAGCAGCAGACCGAGAGCCCACCAGACAUCCCCCCAGAACAGGAGGAGGAGGAGUAUUUUGCCAAGGUGUUGCACAAGUUCAACAUGACCGGAAAAAAUAACACAGAGAACACCAAGACCUCCAAAAGCAUCCCGAUGUUCUUCAGCAUCUCUAACAUACGGGAAAGUGUGGGGGAUUCCAGUUUGCUGACCAGUGCGGAGCUACGGAUGCUCAUCAAGAGUCCCACGAUAGCUAAUGAGCAGCGGGUGGAGCUGUACCAAGGCCUAGGGACCUCUGCACGCUACCUCGCUUCCCGCUUCAUCACUAAUAAAUUGAAAGACAAAUGGCUGUCCUUCGAUGUCACUGAGACCCUGCGGAACUGGCUCAAAGAGAGCGAGGAUGAGCAGGGUUUCCAACUUCGGCUGUUCUGUGAAUGCAGCCAGACGAGUGUUGAAGGUGGCUUCAGUUUCGGCAUUUCUGGGAUUGCGAAUGGUAGAGGAGACACAGCGAUGUUGCAAUUGCUGACACAGCAACCACCCUACAUCCUGACCAUGUCCAUCCCUCAAAACAUCAGCAGCCACCUCACCUCACGCAAAAAACGCUCCACGGAGACGAAGGACACCUGUACAGCCCAGACAGAGACCUGCUGCGUGCGGAGCUUGUACAUUGACUUCAGGAAAGAUCUGGGCUGGAAGUGGAUACAUAAGCCGACCGGCUACCAUGCCAACUACUGCAUGGGGUCCUGCACCUACAUCUGGAAUGCUGAAAACAAAUAUUCUCAGAUUUUGGCCCUGUAUAAGCACCACAACCCAGGAGCCUCUGCCCAGCCCUGCUGUGUUCCCCAGGCACUGGAGCCACUGCCAAUCCUUUACUACGUGGGCAGGCAACACAAGGUGGAGCAGCUGUCCAAUAUGAUUGUGAAGUCCUGCAAGUGUAGCUAAAAAAACAACAUGGCACACUGCUCUGCUUCGCCUCAAACCUAUACUACAGAGAUGGAAGAAGUCGUGUUUGAGACCACAGAGAGGAGCAUGUGACAGAGAUAAUGAGGACAAUUAUAAUGUGGACAAGGGAACAAAAUAUUUAAAGUCAUCAGGAUAUUUGUGGUUCAUGUUGAACGCACAUCCAACCAUGGACUUCUUUAUAUAGAUAUUAUAGAUCAUAUUUUCUGUGUGUAUAUACUUUUUUCUUGCAGCAGUAAAAGUAUCUGUCUUGAAAUGAAUUAAUUUAUUUGUUGGAGGGACAGAUCUGUAAAGAAGUGAUAUACAAGUAUACAAGUGUGUCAGUUUGACAUGGAAAAGGAUUUAAAUGAUUUAUUAUAAACAAAAAAGGUGGAUAAAGGAUGCCAAAGGACAUGAGGACCAAAAUUACCUUGAUGAAAGAACACUUUUGGUUUCAAAGACGUUUUCGAAGAAGUCAUUGUUAAAGGUGCUAAAUCCCAGGUAUGGAAAACAGUGGUUGUUGGGGUUUUCCUGGAAGAUAAUGCCAGGUGUUUUCAAGAGUUAUACCAUAAAGGACAGCAAACAACCACGGGGACAGUCCGACCUGGGGAAACUCCCUCUGACUGAGCUGGAGUUGUCAGCUGAACCGUCCAUCAGUUUUACUUGCUUUGUUUGUUUUUUCAACCCACGUGAUUAAUACAAUGCUUGUUUUGUCACUAUGUUUGUAUUCAUAAUUGAAUGUCAGCUGGUCCUUAUGAAGCCUUCUGUGUUUUCAAAGCAAUGAGUAAUAUCAGUGGUUGUAAGAGUGAUGACACCAUGUUUUCUCCCUCUUAUGAUUUACAGCCAGCUUGUUGUCAUAAGAUGGUGAGGGUCAGGGGAUGUGGUUGUGGUGUUGGUUACAGGGAAGCCAUUACAACUUAAUACACACAUUUGCAGUUUUUUUUAUCACCAUAGUAAAUUAGGGUCAAUUUAUUGCCUUUUAUGUCAGACAAGUUUUUACUUUCAUUUGAAGUGGUAUACAUUUUGCACAACUCAAGAAUUAAUUCAGCUUAUAUUUGUUUAAGGAAUAAAACCAACACAAUCUGUUUACCAUACUUUUAUAGUUUCAGUUUACCAUGCUUUUAUAGUGCACUUACCAUUUGAAAUUUGCAUUUGUAAAUAUAAAAAAAAUGAAAUAAACAUUGAUGCUAAAUUA